GUUGUCUUUAGAUUUUCGAUCGUAACGGUUGCUUCAAAAAAUAUUUACGGCAUAAAGCGAUUCGCUGGCAUUAAGUUUUCAUAAAUAAAAUUCGUAAAAUAUUAUUUACACAUUUGUUGCGGUAUUUGUUGUUUAUUUUAUUCAACUGAAAUAAAUAUUAGAAAAGCUGUUAAUUUAUGGCGUUUUUUCCUACUGUCAAAGUGUUUUAAAAUUGAACAUUUUAAUACCAGUAUAUAAGAAACAAGUUAAUACAUAUUUGUUAUCAUUAAAAAUUUAUAUUCUGGUGCAAAAAAAAGUUAUUGAUAAAAAUAUAAAAAAAAAAUCAAUUGCUUAACCACCAACAUUGAUAAAAUAUCGUACGUGUGUUUCUAAACGCCUUAUCUUGUCAAGUCUAUUGUUAAAAAAUAAUAAAAAAACUGGUAUAAAAUUGUAAAAAUAUUCCUGUGUUCUCUUAAGUUUCUAUAUAAAAACUACAUUAUUUGUUACAAAAAAAUCUACACAAAAUGUCGUCAAAAUCUUUUAAAUGGCAUAUUUUACUAUUUUUAUUCUCAUUUAUCGUUUUGGCUGAUCUUGCUCUGGCUGGUCCAACUAUAGUCAGGGAUGAUGAAAUUAUUGAGAGUUUGGAAGAAAUUGAUGAGCUUAAUAAAAAUAACUCCAUAUUAAGGGAUUCUUCAGCGGAACAAACAUCAGAUGCGCCCUUUAGACAUCGCGAUGAAGAUAUGAUGGCCGAUUUAAAGAAAUCCACAAUUUUUGCAAGUUUAAAAUAUGAUGUUGAGAUUUUGGAAUCGGGUGAAGUGAAAAAAGAAGAUGUAGAACUAGAAGAACGUUAUAGAGGCCCUGCCAUAACCUUAAAUACGGAUAAUUUUAUAAAUGAAAAUAUCGAAGUUAACGCUGACGCAGAAGAGGAACGUGCUGCUAAUAAAGCUAUAGCCACUAGUCAUUUGAUAUUAAGCAUUGUAUUGGUGGUAGUGGCCUUGGUUUCUAUUGGUUUAUAUGCCGCUCUAGUAGUUUGGCGCAGUCACAUUGAACAACGCUAUGGCAUGCGCGAAUUGCUGGUAACGAGUGAUAAUCAAGAUUAUUGGCCCCAAGAUGUUAUAACGUCAGUUGUAGCUCAACAUCAGCAGCAGUAUCAAGAGCAACUGCAGCAGCAACGUCAACAACAAUUAUAAUUAGAGCCAAUUAGUAAUUGCAUUUGAUUUAGAAUGCAAUUAUUUUGAGAUUGUAACAAUUUCGACAGAAAAAUUAACAAAUCACUAAAAAUUUCCCAUUGAUUUUCUAAGUAGUUUUUUUUCACAAUUUAAUUUAUUUCGAUUUAAUAAUUGUUUUUUUUAAUACUUUUCAUUGUAAUUUUUAUUUUUUUUAUUAUAAGGAAUCAUAUAUUUUUCUUAUUAUUUUAUUAGUUAUUAGUUUGUAUUAUAAAUUAAGUCCAGGGCUGUGAUAUAAUUUUUAUAUUGGUGCUUUUUCUAUUAACUAAUAUUUAAAAAAAAAUGUUUUAGCCCAAUCAGACAGUAUUUUAAUCUGUAUAUAUUUUUAAUCCAGAAAAAAUGACAUUAUUUUUGUAAUAAAAUUUAGUUGUAAAUAAAUAAAAGUAAGAGAAUGCAAGUGAGAAAA